UCCAUAGAAAAUAUCACAGCGAGGGAGAAAAUGGCGGAGCCUGCAGGUCUUCAGCAACCGUUUCCUGUCCAGGAGCCCGCCCUAGGAGACGGCCUUUUCAACUUCCGGCUGAUAGAACAUAACUUUUUCCUUUCUUCUUUAAAUGAUGGAGACAUUGCACUUCUCUGCCCUUCAGAAACAUUUCCAGAGAUAUUUUCCAAUGCAGGAUCCCAAAGAAUAUGACUGGAUCCGUGACCCCUUCAGUGCAACACCACCUGCCGACCUCAGCACAGCCGAGGAGGAACAGUUCAUUGAUGUCACCUCCGAUUCAACAAUGAGGCUGCACUUUAAGUCAAAGACACUGGCUGCAUUUUGGAUUGGAGCGGAGAAAGAUUACCCACUGCUAGGUAAAAGAGCCCUGGCCAUUCUUCUUCCUUUUGCCACAUCCUACCUAUGUGAGAUUGUGGCUUCAAUCAAGACAAAAUACAGAUCAAAGCUAGACAUUGAAAAUGAACUCAGAGUGGCAGUCUCACAACUGCAACCCAGAUUUGAGAAGAUGUGCAGCAUGAAGCAAGCCCACACCAGUCCCUGAAAAGAUGUGAGGGUUAAAGGUGUCAUUUUUGCACAACAAAUCUUUAGGUUUUUGUUUUUUAACUUACAGAGAGGCAAUAUUUGAAAAAUUUCG